UUGCCACGGCUUUGAGCAUGAUAGAAUGGCUGCCACAGCGGUCGGGAAGCGGAGACUUGAUUUCAAAGCAAUGGCAUCAUUUCUCUGCGUUUCAUCAUUCCCUUUCAUUAAGUAUAGAUUUUUGUGUCCUUUCUAUUUCCUUCUUUGUGAUGCGGUUCUGAAGAGAGAGAUUGAAUCUGGAGUCUGUGGGAUUUUUUUUUUUUUUCUUUUAAAUUUUUUUUUUUAAAUCCACCAUAAAAGAAUGACCUCUUACUUAUGAUCACAGGAUACUCUACAGAUUACAGAUAGAGCAAUUGUGUUAAAAAAAAAAAACUGACCCGGCUGCUUGUAUCAUAUUAUAUCCUUUUUUGCUUUCGAUUGAGAAUGCCUGCUCAAAAACUUGUCCGCAGCGAACCAGCACCUAGUGUGAGCUAUUUCACUCCGCUUCAAAGUCCCUCAUCAGGAACCGCCGCCGACCCCCAGUCCGAUGGCUCUAGGCCUCCAAAGCUUUUCCGCCCUCUGAAAGUGAGGGGCGUGACAUUCCAGAAUCGCAUCGGGUUAGCUCCUCUCUGCCAAUAUUCCGCAGACGAUGGGCACAUGACGGACUGGCACAUGAGCCAUCUCGGAGGAAUCGCCAUGCGAGGCCCUGGCUUUCUGAUGACCGAGGCCACGUCUGUUCUCCCCGAAGGUCGAAUCUCGCCGGAGGAUACCGGGCUAUGGAAGGACUCACAAAUCGAACCUCUCCGGAAGGUAGUAGAAUUCGUCCACAGUCAGAGCCAAAAGAUUGGCGUCCAGCUCGCCCAUGCGGGGCGCAAGGCGAGCAGCUUGGCGCCCUUCCUUGCCGUCACUGAAGUCGCAACAGAGCAUGCAAAUGGCUGGCCGGAUAAUGUCAAGGGACCCAGCGACAUUCCGUUCUCGGACGGGUUGGCAAAGCCCAAAGCGAUGACGAAGCAGGACAUUGAGGAGGUGAAGGAGGCAUGGGGUGCAGCUGUGCGGCGGGCAGUUAAGGCUGGGGUGGAUUAUAUCGAAAUACACAACGCACACGGCUAUCUUCUAUUCUCAUUCUGUUCGCCCAUCUCCAACAACCGCACCGACGAGUACGGGGGUAGCUUCGAGAACCGCAUCCGUCUCUCCAGCGAGAUCAUCACCAUCUGCCGCCAGAACAUGCCCAAGGACAUGCCGCUCUUCCUCCGAAUCUCCGCGUCUGAGUGGCUGGAGCAAUCACGCCCGGAUCUACCGAGCUGGAAAUCCGAAGAUACCGUGCGGUUCGCGAAGAUCCUAGCGGAGAAGGGCGAGGUCGAUUUGCUCGAUGUCAGCGCGGGUGGGAAUCACCCUGACCAGAAAAUUAUUCCAGGCCCGUGUUUCCAGGCGCACUUUGCCCAUGCGGUGAAGGAGGCUGUGGGAGACAAACUCCUCGUCGGAGCUGUGGGGAGCAUCAACAAUGGCAUCGAUGCAAACGGGCUUCUCGAGAAAGGGCUUGAUUUAGUACUAGUUGGUCGGCAGUUUCUAAAGAACCCGGCGGUUGUGUGGCAAUUUGCAGAGGAUUUGGGGACUGAGAUUAAGCUUGCCAACCAGAUCGGAUGGGCGUCUGGUAUGCGAGGAAAGCAAGGAUUUAUUAAGACUAAGAAGCGAGAAGGGAAGAUAUAGAGUGUAGACGUGGGAUGGAGCAAUGAGAUAUGAUUCUCUAAGCGUUUUUUUGCCAUGAUUUCAAUCAGAAUCUAGAACGAGAAGUUCCUGGAUAACCGGUUCUUGAUCAUCUAGUUUAUUUUCAUAGCAAAUAGAUUUGAUAUUUGUCAACUGAUAUUAUAUAAUGUUAUAUUAACUUGCAAAAAUGAGCAUAUGAAUGAACAUGAUGCUAAAAAACUUGAACAUACUAACUUUAGUCAGAAAAACAGCUUGAUACGAUUUCAAUUUAAACUCAUG